UACAGCAAUAUCGAUUUCACGUCGCCAACGCGGUGUGUAAUUCCUUUUUUUGCCGACACGCCGUGUAUAGAGAUUACACGUUCGUGUGUGAGGUGUGUGCGGAUCGUAACGGUCGACAGGUGAUCAAAGAGAAAACGAAAACAAGCAUGUUUGCUUUGUGGCUGCCAACUUGAUAAACGAAUUUUCCACCCACGCAAACGACUCGGACGAUCGAAACAACGAUAGAAACUCAUUAAUAAAACCGGGGGGGGAUUUCUUCUCCGGAAUCGAUCGUGAGUCACACUGACAGUUCUGCGUCGUUUUCGCGUUACAUUUUUAAGAAAAACGACGGUGGUGUUGUGAGCGGCAUAUGGACCUUUGCCGAUCGUUGACAGUCAAACAGCUGACAUACGUAGCAAUUCUUGAAACGUGAUGAUUUAUUAGAGCCUUUCCGAUGCCAAGAAUUCCAUAAGACGAAAUUUUUUACUUUGGAACUAUGACACGUUCGUACGUAAAAUAUCAAAUUGCUAGAGACGAUGUGGACACGUCAGACUACAUACCGCAAAGUGUACCAGAUAUCCAUAGUGUAACGAAGCUGGAACCUACACUUUGGAAAAAAGCAUUCCAAGUGUUUCUAUUGAUCUUUGCUUACUUUAUUUUAUCAAUAGGCCUCACGUUUUACAAUCCAUGGCUUUAUAAGACGUAUGGGUUUGACUUUCCUCUUGGAGUGGUCGUUUGCCAUUUGAUCAUAAAGUUUUCAUUAUCUGCGUUAAUAAGAUGCAUCAGAAGAUGUUGCAACGGCAAACGGAUGAAUCUUCCAUGGCAAAAUAUAGUUUACUCGAUAAUGGUGCCUGGUAUAGCCAGCGGUGUCGAUAUUGGUCUGUCCAAUUGGGCGCUUUCAUUGAUUUCAAUAUCUUUGGUUACCAUGACUAAAUCGACAGUUAUUAUAUUUAUUCUUGGAUUUUCUCUUCUCUUCAAACUCGAAAAGAAGUCGUGGUCUUUAGUAGGAAUAGUAGUGAUGAUAGCUGGAGGAUUAGUGAUGUUCACAUAUAAAUCUACUCAAUUUGGUGUUCUUGGAUUUAUAUUGUGCCUCUUAGCAUCGUUCGCGAGCGGUAUCCGAUGGACCAUGACACAACUUAUCAUGCAAAGGUCCAAGCUCGGCUUGCAUGAUCCGAUAGACAUGAUGUAUUAUAUGCAACCUUGGAUGCUGAUACCCGCGAUAUCCGUAACUUUGUGGUUCGAAGGAAACCGAAUAUAUGAUGGUAUCAGAGUUACUGAUUGGAGUGAUAUCGGUAGUAUUUUAUUAACUACAUGUGCUGUAAUAGCAGGUGCCAUAUUAGCAUUUAGUAUGGAAGUGAUGGAAUUCUUAGUUGUUACUUAUACCUCUAGUCUAACAUUGUCGAUCUCAGGAGUAUUUAAGGAAAUAUGUACAUUAGCGCUAGCUUUUGUGUUUAAAGGUGACCAAAUGACUGGCCUUAACUUCAUAGGAUUGUUAAUGUGCCUUGGUGGUAUAAUAUUACACGUUGUUCAGAAAGUAUUGGGCAGCAGAAAGAAAACAGUUGAUAAUUUGGAAUUGCAAUCAAAAGUGACAAUCAACAAUGCUAAACGUGAAGAUGGAACCGAUUCAAAUGUGCCACUAUUAACAGAAAAGUCUACGUCUUUAAUAAAUCUCCUCAAUGCGGAAUUUAGUUCAGAUGAAGAUGGUGACUUGAGAGAGAAUGAUAAUUCGACCCAAAUACUGUCGGACAUACUGCAACGCAGGGAACAGUGACAAAUUAUGAAUCUUUAAUCCUGUUAUAUAUAGGCUGCGUUCCGAAAUUCACUGCCAGUACUGAAAAUCUACAAUAUACGUAACGUGAACUGUAGAUUUUCAGUACUGGCAGUGAAUUUUGGAACACAGUCAUACUGUACACUAUGGAAUUAUUUUCCUAGCGGGAACACUUCAAAUAACGUACAUUUAUGGCAUUUUAUAUUUUUACAAUAUAAAUUUUACAGCCAAUAAUGGGAAAAAUGAUGCAUUUCGCUUUGAGAAUAAUACAAGUUUAUGCUUCAUCCAAAGCACAAAAUCUGUGUAUAAUCUGAAAACACAUCAUACAUUUUGUGAUGAAUAACGUUUAUAAAAGAUAUUUUAAUUUCUUAAUCGUUCUUUAAAAUUCUUUUGGAAUUUUUGUGUGUGGUCUGGGACAUUUGACGAAGCAUAAACGAAUUAAUGAAUUAUGUAAUAUGUAUUGCAAAAUUUUAAGUCGAAAGUCCCGAUAAAUUUCAAUGUAUUUUAUCAUCACAUAAGGAUAAAAGUUGUAUGAAUAUUCUAGAAAAUUAUGAAGUACAAAAAUAGAAAGUAUGAAAUGGACUUCGAUGUGUAUGUGUACUAUUAUUGUUAGGGAAGUGCUGCUUUAAGCGAAGAAAAUAAAUUAUUAUGUAAAUAUUAAGUUUUUAAAUAUUAUAAACAAGAUUAAUUUAGCAACGUAUUAAUUCGUUUGAGAAUUAUGUGAAUAGUUUUUCUAUUCAGAGAACAUAUUUUCAAAUAAUGUAAUCAUUUAAAAAUAUUUGUGUACAUAAGAAUUUUCUGAUAAUAUGUCUAAGAUGGACGCACAAUAUAAGUUUAAAUGGAAUGCACUACUUCAAAACAUAUUAUAAAAUUUGAUUUGAUGAUCAUUUAUCUGAAAGGGGCAUUUAAGAAACGUCCUGUCUGCAAUUGUUAUGAAAUAGAUUUAUAAAUAGAUUGAAUAUCCGAAUGGUAACGCAUUUAUCAUACCAAAAUAUUUAAUAAAAUUUACUUUAUUUUCAUAUUCUCAUAUUGAGAAUGGUAACUUUGUAACUUGAUUAGAGCUUAAUAAAUAUUUUACAUAUGAA